AUCAUUAUUAUUAUGUAGCGGAGACACAGAGAGCUCGUCUACAUUGUAAUUUACAUGAAGAGUUUUCCACUCCCUGCUCUGCUUGGACACCCCGAGGACUCGGGCUACGCGGACACAGCCGACACGUUGAGACACUGACUGACUGAGAGCGCGAGCCGAGACUUUGAUCCAAUCAAACAAUGUAACAAGUCAGCCUGGAAGCGCUUCUUUAAUCCACGGCUACAUUGUAACAGUUUGUAUGGAAGCGCUUCUCUUUGAUCCACGGCUACAUUGUUGUAACAGUUUGUGUGGGAGUGGCUCGCUUUAAUUCUGUGACGUCGCUGAAAUUGGACUCGUAACAACGCGAUCUUCUCUUCGUCCCCCAUGGCUUCGAGUGACCUGCGGGAGAAGAUGAGGAAGAAGCGCAGAGCCCUGCAGGAGACGCUGGGGAGAGUCAGGGAGGAUGCGGACACACAGGUGCUGGUUGCCACUGAUUGGGAAAUGAGUAAGGAUGGGGAACGGACCGCGGUACAGGAACCUUCCGGCAGCGAGGAGCAACAGGUGGCGACGCUGAAGCAGACGCUGAAGGCUCAGAGGAUGAAGCGGAGAAAGAAGCUUGUGGAGGACACGCCAGCCGAAACCCCCCCAGAGGCAGCGACAGGUGCCUCUGAGGUUGAACGUGGUCCCCGUGCUGGGGAAUCGAGGACCCCGGUGGCUGCGGCCAGCUCCAGCAGACGGAGCCCGAGAGACCUUCCUCCGCUGCCCGCGAGCUCCACCCUCACCCUCUCGGAGGGUCCUAUGAAACGGCGCAUGGUUGAGAAGCUGAAAGCUGCCAGGUCCAAGGCCGAGAGCCUUCUGCAGCAGGAGGCGCUAGCGGAGCCGGCCAGUCGCCUGCAGGGCCUGCGGGACAGGGACCCCCUCACCAGGUUUGACACUGAGGCAGACCUGGGGGUCCGGCGCCGGGACGACGGCGCUGCUCCGCUUGUAGGCAGGGUGACGUUCCGAGAAGUGGCCCACAGGGGUUGGCGGAGAGCAGAGGUGGACAGCGGGUUGCCCACCGCAGAGGAGGCCUACAACUUCUUCACGUUCAACUUUGACCCCGAACCCCUGGAAGAAGCUGCGGAACAAAAGAAGGAGAGGAGAUUCGUCGAAGACAGGGGGGUAGAGGAGGAGGAGGAGGAAGGAGGUGGGGGCGGAGAGGAGGAGGCACAGGUCGAGGACGGCGGAGAAGGAGAGUCGGGGUCGGAAGAGGAGGACAAGGAGGAGGACGCUGAGGGACGGAGUGAAGGUGCCCCUUUGGUGGAGGACCAGCAGGGGGAGCUGUUCAUCGACGAGACGGCCCAGGACUUCCUGGAGGUGAAGAAGGCCGAGUACCUGGGGUACCAUUCCCGUGUGCAAAGGGAGAGCGAGGUCCUCUUCACCCCCAGUCUGAGGACAGUGCCGACCUCCUGCAAGGUUCCUGAGAACAUGCAGCCUCGCUACCUAGAGGAGGAGGGUCUCUACGUAGGGGAGAGACCACCUGUGUCCUUAGCCAACCAGAACAUUCUGGAGAACCGCAUCCUUCAGCAGGACGAGGCCAAGAAGUGGUUUGGAGAUGAUGGCAGAGUCCUGGCUUUAACAGACCCCAUUAAGCAGUCGUCCACUCGACCCCCCCUUUUCAACCUCGAGGAAGACCUGGACCCCGCCCUCCAGACCGUUUACAGGAAGGCGCUCAAGACCAGGCACGCCAGCCGCUACGUCGCGGGGUUGGGCGAGACGGCCGGGCGAUGCCAGCUGGACGUGGACGUUUCGGGCCUCAUCUUCUCCCACCACCCGCUCUUCAGCCGUGAGCAUGUUCUGGGGGUCCGCCUGGUCCAGCUGUAUGACCAGCACCUCAACCGACAGCACAGGAACAUCACGGGUCUGCUGACAGACAAGUUGCACGGACUGAGGAACGCUGUCCGCAACAUCACCGACCUCCAUGGCGAUCGAGGCCUCAAUGUGGUCAUGCGGCAGAGGAUAGCGGAGUACCGGCUGGAGGUCAGAAACACUCGCAGGCUGAGGGAUGUAGAGCAGGAGAAGGACCGGACUUUGCUGAAGAGCACCUUGAAGGUCUGGAAGGAAAUGAAGGCUCUGAGGGAGUUCCAGAGGUUCACCAACACAGCCUACAAACUCCACCUCCGAAAGCAGGAGGUGAACCAGAGCAGGGAUGAGCAAGACUUUGAGGAGGAGAUCCAAAUGGAGUUGGUGGAGCUGCAGGGUGAGCUGGAGGAGGAGUACCAGAGGAAGAUCUCCCAGUACAGGCAACAGCUGGAGGAGUGGAAGGCCUGGAGAAAAAAGCAGAAGGUCAGCAGCAAGAAGAAGAAGAAAAAGAAGAAGAAGAAGGAGCCGAACGAAGGUGACAAGGAUGAUGAGGAUGAGGACGAGCAGGAGGAGAAGGAUUUAGGAAGCGAACCUCCGAAGCCAGAGCCACCGGAGAGGCAGGAGCUGUCCCUCCUGGAGCAGCAGGUGCGGGAGAAGGCAGCCAGGAUCCGCAGGAAGCCAGGAGAGCCCAUCCUGGUCCCCGAGGUGACGCUGAGUGGCAACAUCACCCCCAACGAGCAGUGUCCCAGAGGAGAGUUUGCCCGGCGGGAGGAUGUGGCCCGGCGCUCCCUCUUUGUGAAGGUGCUGUACAACGACAAGGAGGUGUCCAGAACGGACCGCCGGCCCCUUGGUGCCGACUUCAGGGUCCACUUUGGCCAGAUAUUCAACCUGAAGAUCGCCAACUGGCCUGAGAGCGUCCGGCUGCAGGUGUUCGAGGCAUCGGGUUCAUCAUCUGCCCUCCUGGCCGAGGUGUUUGUUCCACUUCCGGAGUCCACGGUUCUCACGGGCUCCGCGCCCCCGCAGGAGCUGGAGUUCAGCAGUAGCCAGCGGGUGACUUUUAACCAUGAGGGCGUUGGCAGUGAUGUUCCAUUCUCCUUCGAGGCGGACGGCAGCAACAAGUUGACCCUGCUGACUUCUGGCAAGCUCUCCUGCUGUGUCUCAUGGGCUGUGGGAGAGAACGAUAUCCCCUUGGCCCCACCCACUUCCCAAACACCUGGGGGCAUACAUGGUGCCCUACGGCAGACUGACGCCAUCGCCUGCAUUGGUGCAUCUGGUCUCAGUGACAUGAAGAGGCUGAGCAAAUGGGCCGCUGAAUCCCGACUGGAUCCCAAUGACCCCAGCAAUGUUGUUCUCAUGCAGCUGCUCACGGUGGCUAGCAGCGGGGAGGUGCAGGUACCAGACUACUUCCGCCUGGAGCAGCUUCAGGAGGAGUUCAACUUUGUGACGGACGAGGAGCUACAGAAAUCCAGGAGGUUCCGCUUGCUCACUCUGAGGAGCCAGGAGGUGGUGGAGUUCCGCAACUACAAGAACGUACCUGCAGUGGAGCGUGAGGUCUCAGAAAAGGUCUUCCAGGACUAUGAGAAGAGGCUACGAGACGGAGAGGUCGUCGACACCAAGGAGCACCUGGAUCCGCACAGGGCUGUGGUCGCAAAGUACCUGAAGAAGAUACGAGAGUCUGUCAUGAAUCGCUUCCUGAUCGCCAAGCACCACUUCCUUCUAUCAGACCUGGUCCAAGAGGACGAGGUUCCCAGCAUCGGGGUUCUGGGUCUGAACAUAUUCAAACUGGCUGAGCCAAAGCGGCCCUUGAAGCCCAGGCGUAAGGAGAGGAAGAAGGUGACCGCUCAGAACCUGGCUGACGGGAACAUCAAGCUCCUGGUCAACAUCAUCCGGGCCUACGACAUCCCUGUCCGCAAGCCCCACCCCAGCAAACCUGCAGUGGCAUCCAAGUCCGCACGUUCCUUCACAGAGGCAUUUGUGGCUGCCCAGUCUUCCCAGAGUGCCUUGCAUGGUAAUGACUGGCCUCUUAACCAGGUCCAAGUCCGACCUUUUGUAGAGGUUACCUUCCAGCGGUCGGUACGGCAGACCACGACCGCAGACGGACCGAACCCUUGCUGGAAUGAGGAGCUGGAGCUGCCAUUCAGCGCCCCCAAUGGGGACUACAGCACAUCGAGCCUGCAGUCAGUGAAGGACGAGGUCUUCAUAAACAUCUUUGAUGAGAUGACAUUUGACAUUACGGAGGAUGACAGGGAGAGAGGGAGCACUGUACACACACGCAUUGAGAAGCAUUGGUUGGGCUCCGUGAAGAUCCCCUUCAGCACAAUCUACCUCCAGUCCAGGAUUGACGGCACAUUCAAGGUGCAGAGCCCUCCAGUGUUGCUGGGCUACAGUAAGGAGCGCAGCCUGGCCGGGGAGGGCGGGUACGAUUCCGUACUCUCCCUGAGCGAGGGGUCCUUCGUCACCCUUUUCAUCACCAUCCAACCACAGUUAAUUCCUGGGGAGAGUGUCAGGGAGAAGAUGAAGGAGAUGAAGUUUGACAGCCAGGAGGAUGAGCGAUUGCUUCAUGCGGCUGAGGCCUUCCAACGGGAUGCAGCUCUGCGCUUCCCUGGGAGACCCUGCCUCACCACGGUCAUCGACAUCAGCGGGAAGGCCGUGUUCAUCACCCGCUAUGUUCGUCCACUCAGCCCCCCCCAGGAGCUGCUGGAUGCAUUUCCCAACAGCCCCCAGGAAGCCACAGAGCUUGUGGCUCGCUAUGUCUCCCUUAUCCCCUCGCUGCCAGACAGUGUCUCUUUCACCAGCAUCUGUGACCUUUGGAGCACCUCUGAUCAAUUCCUCGCCCUGCUCGCUGGAGACGAGGAGGAACAUGCUGUUCUGCUGUGCUGCUACUUCCUGGCCAUGGGCAAGAAGGCAUGGCUGAUCAUUGGCACGGCCAUUCCUGAGGGCCCCACGGCAUAUGUGCUUACCUACGAGCAGGGUCGCUACCUGAUCUGGGAUCCCGGCAGGGGGCAGUACUAUGGUCAGUACGACACUUUCUGCCCCCUCCAGAGCGUGGGCUGCCUCAUCAACGCCGAUAAUGUGUGGUUCAACACACAAGUAUAUGAUGCUCCGAUGAGAAUGGGUUUUGACGUGAGCAGGUCUAAGCUGUGGAAGCCAUUCUUCUCCAGAGCUUUCCCUAACCCGGGGCUGUCUAGCGUGCAGCCCGAGGAGCUGGUGUACCGACGUGUGGACAAGGUGGCGGCUGCAGAGCUACAGGACAGGAUUGAAAAGGUCUUGAAGGAGAAGAUCAUGGAGUGGCGGCCGCGUCACCCAACCCGCUGGAACCGCUACUGCACAUCCACGCUGCGUCACUUCCUGCCCAAGCUGGAACAGAGCAGGGGGCGUGACGUGGGUGAUGAGCACCGCCUCGAGCUACAGAGCAUGCUGGGAGACUACAGGAUUUCCGGGUUUCCUCUGAACGUGCCCUUCUCGGAGCUCCAGCCCAUCGUUGAAGCUGUCUACAGCACAGGUGUCCACAACGUGGAGGUGUCCAAUGUGGAGUUUGCCCUGGCGGUCUACGUGCACCCGUACGCCAGCAACGUGCUUUCUGUCUGGGUGUACCUUGCUUCACUUGUACGCACCAGAUAAGACGGAUACAGGACACCUCGUACUUAACAAUGCUGUACUUUGUGGGAUUUAUUUUCUAACUCGUGGGAAUCUGGGAGAACCUGAACUCAUCACUCUGUUUGUAUCGCAACGCUAUUGGACUCAAUGUCAUCACAUUUUUAAAUUAAAUGGCAUCAUUUUAUAAAUUCCUCCAUUUCCUUCAAGACUCUACUGCCAAGAAAUAAUCCUGAUUCACGCUGCACACUUCCCAAACAUAGACAGUCCUUACAACAUACGCAAGUUAUGAACGCUUGGACUUAACAGCUAUCCCACUAACAUUUUUGAAUCCCAACCUUUGAUUGUAGCCCCAUCAAAUGGCUAUGACACUAGGCACUGUAUUUAUUUGUUGUGUGUUUGUGGACUUGUCUGUGAUGUUAUUUUAUUCACAAAAACAUUUUUUGUAGAACAUGGUUUGUAAUUCUAUUCAGGUUACUUUUCCUGUACAAUAACAAGCAAGUGAAAACGUGAAUGUUCAUGCAUGUGAGUGGUUUACAUAAUGUAGCGUCAAGGGAUUUGCAACUUAUGGAGUUGACAAAGUCAGCAACAGAAGCCCAUGGUAAAUUGAGGACCACCUGUAGUCUGAAAGAUGUAACAGCACUACAGGUCAAAUGCAUUCCUGUUUUCUAAGAGUCCGUGCCAAGAUUGUUCUUCUGCUAACAUAAUAUCCAGACGAGUGCUUUAAACAAGACACUUUUAUUCUCCGUUUUGAGAACUUUGGACUCAACAAAAUGUCAUGCAAUGUAUAGCUGAAAAAGCAAAAUAUGGUUUCUAAUACACCUGCUACAUGUUCC